CAAACAGAUAAACCACAAAACAGACAACAAACACACUACCAAAACUGACUGUCUAAAUUUAAUUCAUCAUGGAUACAUGAACAGUAACUAGAGUAAAAUUAAAAAAAUUGACAAACUAUACAAACAAACAGAUAAACCACAAAACAGACAACAAACACACUACCAAAACUGACUGUCUAAAUUUAAUUCACCAUGGAUACAUGAACAGUAACUAGAGUAAAAUUAAAAAAUAGACAAACUACACCGCUAACAAACAGAUAAACCACAAAACAGACAACAAACACACUACCAAAACUGACUGUCUAAAUUUAAUUCAUCAUGGAUACAUGAACAGUAACUAGAGUAAAAUUAAAAAAUAGACAAACUAUACAAACAAACAGAUAAACCACAAAACAGACAACAAACACACUACCAAAACUGACUGUCUAAAUUUAAUUCAUCAUGGAUACAUGAACAGUAACUAGAGUAAAAUUAAAAAAUAGACAAACUACACCGCUAACAAACAGAUAAACCACAAAACAGACAACAAACACACUACCAAAACUGACUGUCUAAAUUUAAUUCAUCAUGGAUACAUGAACAGUAACUAGAGUAAAAUUAAAAAAUAGACAAACUACACCGCUAACAAACAGAUAAACCACAAAACAGACAACAAACACACUACCAAAACUGACUGUCUAAAUUUAAUUCAUCAUGGAUACAUGAACAGUAACUAGAGUAAAAUUAAAAAAAUAGACAAACUACACCAACAAACACAAAAUCACAAAACCAACUAACUGCCCAAUAUAAUAUACAAUUUCCAAAUUUCUUUCAUGAUUAGGUCAUAGAUACAACAUAAUAAUAUUUUAAUAAUAUAAGUUAAAACAUAGAAUUCUUUUGUAGAACUGAAAUAUCAACAUAUUCAAUUGUACAUCUUGUGUUAAAUCUUUUAAUCGUAAAGAUAAUCUAUUACGCCAUAUGAGGACUGCCUGUAGCAAGUCAAGUUUUUUCAACCGAUGGCUUGGAAAGUCUGCUGAAAAAAGGAGAGAUUUUUGUAAAAAAAUCGGGAAUCGCAUGACAAAAGAUCGAUUUUCUGCAGAAUCGAUUUAAAUUGAACAUCCUUAGUCACGAACCAACUAUAAAAGAACCUGCUUUUACCGCCAGACUGCAACAAUAUUUCUCACUACGAUUGAGCUUGCAAGGUGUUUGUGUGGUUUCGUGUUUUAAUAAUUCUCGACUGUUUACAGAAUUAAAUCGAAACAUGUUCACAUGUUCAUCUUGUCAAAAAGCGUUCAGUCGUAAAGAUAAUUUAACUCGUCACUUAAAGAAUGCGUGCAAAAAGUCUUCUUUUCUAAACCGUUUUUUGGGGAGGUCAGCAGCUGAAGAAAAAAAAAAAUAUUGUUCAGAAUGUAAAGAACAUAUUUUACAAAAUUUGUGGGUUGGUCAUCUGCGUUCAAACAGUCACAAAAACAACUGUAAAACGUUGGAGGAAAAAGGAAUUCAAGUAAUAAAAUCAGCUUUCAAGGAAAGGAUAAUAUCCUACAGAUUAUCUACCGAAGAAAAUAUUUUAAAUGUUAAAAACUAUUUUAAAAUAUUGGAACAAAAGAUUCUACGGGUGUUUGACAAUCAACUGAAAAAACAUACUUGUAUUAAAAUCAAUAUAGAACUUUUUGGAUAUUACUAUAACCCCAGUAGCGAUAAUCAUGAUGUCAAAUCGUUCAACACUCCAUUUAAAGUAAUUUGUAACAGCAGUGCAACAAAGGAUUUGAUAGAAGAUUUUUUAACAAUUAUUGACAACAAGGCUGAUGAAUUCGCAGAAAGGGACUCUGGAUGGAUUUUACUAAAUCUUCUUUUUUUGGAAAUUAACAUCAACAAAUUCAACCCUUUGAGAGCAUCAUCAUUUAUUGAACUUCCUCCUGUAAUAGUACGACGUCAAGCUGUCGUCAACAUAAGAAAUAACGAUGACUACUGCUUCGCAUGGUCCGUAGUUGCAGCCCUUCAUCCUCCAACAGGUGUUGAUUUUCAAACAUCAUCAUACCCACACUAUUCAACAGUUUUGAACACUACAGGUAUUGAUUUUCCAAUAUCAUUAAAAGACAUUAAAAAUUUUGAAAAUCAAAACAAUAUUUCUAUCAAUGUGUACGGUUUAGAAAAAUAUUAUAAUAAAAUUUCUAAUAAUGAAGAAUAUGAAAUAAUUGGUCCUCUACAUUUUUCUAGUGAUAGAAAAAAUAUUCAUGUUAAUUUGUUACUAAUAAAUGAUGAUGAUGGAAAUUUUCAUUAUUGCUACAUUUCCGAUCUUUCUAAAUUAAUUUCUAAACAACUUAGUAAACACAAUGGAAGAAAAUAUUUGUGUGAAGGAUGUCUUCAAUACUUUGAUACAGAACAAAAAUUACAGUAUCAUAAUAGUUAUGAUUGUGAUCAUGUUAGAAUUAAUUUACCUUCUAAAGAAUUAUUUAAAGACAAAUAUGGAAAUGUAGCAUAUGAAAACACAUUAAAAUAUAUAAAUUAUCAAAAGCAAAUGAAAGUUCCUUUUAUAGUAUAUGCAGAUUUUGAAUGUAUUUUAAAACCUUUGAAUGAGAAUUAUGAUGUAGAAAAUCCAAAUAAUUCAUAUACAUUAAAAAAAUUUGAACAUAUUCCAUACUCUUUUGCGUAUUACAUCAAAUGUUCAUUUGAUGAUGAAUAUUCUAAGUUUGAAAAAUAUAGAGGUUUGAAUAGCGAACAAGUUUUUAUAAAUUAUCUAGAACGAGAUGUAUUAAAUUUAUAUCACACUUUUCUAAAAAAUCCUAAAAAGAUGAAUACUUUAUCCGAAUUAGAACAAACUACACAUAAUAAUUCCACAAACUGUCAUAUUUGUGAAAAACCGCUUUUAGGGGAUAAAGUUGCCGAUCAUUGUCACAUUACAGGCAACUAUAGAGGGCCGGCUCACUCUUUAUGUAAUAUAAAUUUUAAAAUUCCUAAUUUUAUUCCAGUUAUAAUGCACAACUUACGUAAUUACGACAGCCACCUAUUUAUAAAGACUAUGUGUUCAAAUAAAGAACAACUAUCAGUAAUUGCCCAAAAUAAAGAGAAAUAUAUUUCUUUUGAAAAACACAUUCUCGUAGAUAAUUAUUUUGAUCAACAUACAAAAAAUUUAAAAAAAAGAAAUUUAUCAUUGAGAUUUAUCGACUCCUUUCAAUUCUUAUCAUUUUCUUUAUCUAAUUUAGCAGAUACUUUAAAAGAUGAGCAAUGUAAAGAAAUAAAAAAGAUUUUCGAAGAUGAGGAACAAUUUAAACUUAUUCGUCAAAAAGGUGUAUUUCCAUAUAGUUAUAUUGACAGUUUUGAAAAAUUAGAGGAAACUGCUUUACCUAAAAAAGAUCAGUUUUUUAAUAGUUUAACAGAUGAACAUAUUACUGAUGAGGAAUACCAAAGAGCUCUUAAAGUUUGGGAUCUUUUCGAAUGUGAAAGUAUAGGAAAUUAUUCAGACAUAUAUUUGCUAUCAGAUACUUUACUUUUAGCUGAUAUUUUCGAAAAUUUUCGAAAAACAUGUUUGUCAACAUAUAAACUAGAUCCUGCACACUUCUACACAUUUCCCGGCUUAUCAUGGGAAGCGUGUUUACGCUAUACAGGCAUCGAACUGGAAUUAUUAACAGAUCCGGAUAUGUUGCAUUUUUUCAAAAAUAGCGUUCGUGGUGGGGUAAGUUCAUGCAUAACACGGAAAUCAGAGGCAAACAAUCCUUUUCUAUCAAAUUUUGAUGCAACAAAACCUAAUAAAUAUAUAAUGUACUAUGAUGCAACAAAUUUAUAUGGUUUUGCUAUGUCCCAAUAUCUGCCAACAGGUGAUUUUGUAUGGCUAACCGAAAAAGAAAUAAAAAAUCUAGAUAUUUUUUCAAUUUCUAAUACAUCUAGCAAAGGAUAUGUUCUAGAGGUUGAUCUGGAAUAUCCUGAAAGUCUCCACGACACUCAUAAUGAUUUUCCUUUUUGCCCUGAAAAUUAUAAACCACCUAAUUCAAAAUCUACAAAAUUAAUACCAAAUUUAAACAAUAAGUCAAAAUAUGUAAUUCAUUACCAAUUAUUAAAACAAUGUCUACAAAAUGGACUUAAGAUUUCUAAAAUUCAUAGAGUUAUACAAUUUUCACAAUCUGCUUGGUUAAAAAAAUUUAUAGACUUAAAUACCACACUACGAAAUCAAUCGAAAAAUGAAUUUGAUCGCCACACAUACAAAUUAGCAAAUAAUAGUAUAUAUGGAAAAACAAUGGAAAAUGUGGAUAGGAGAGUCGAUGUAAGACUUGUUACCGAAUGGGAAAAAAAUAAAAGAAAAGAUGGAGCUGAAAAUUUAAUAGCAAAGCCAUAUUUCAAGGACUUAACAAUUUUCUCAGAAAACUUAGUCGCUAUUCAAAUGAAAAAAAUACUAGUUACUUAUAAUAAACCAAUAUACGUUGGAUUUUGUAUUUUAGACAUAUCAAAAACUGUCAUGUACGAUUUUUUUUAUAAUUUUUUAAAACCUUUGUAUAAAGAUAACGUAUCUCUUUUGUAUACUGAUACAGAUUCUUUUAUUCUGGAAGUGACAACAGAAAAUGUUUACCAUGAUAUGCAUAGAAAUAUUCAUAAAUUUGACACUUCCAAUUAUUUGCCAAAUAAUAUUCAUAAUAUGCCUAUAACAGAAUCAGUGGUUGGUAAAUUUAAGGAUGAAUAUGCUGCUGAACCCAUUGUAGCUUUCUAUGGUACCGGAGCAAAAGCUUACUGUGUAAAAACCGAAAAUGGUUUAUUAAAGAAAGCUAAAGGUAUAAGAAAAUAUGCUAUUAAAAAUCAGUUGCAUUUUAUCCACUAUAAAGAUGUAGUAGAAAAUAAUUCUAAAAUUUUUUGCUCCAUGUAUGUUUUUCGUUCUAGACUACAUUCAAUUUUUACUGAAUUAAUACAUAAAAUUGCUUUGAAUUCUGAAGAUAAUAAAAGAUAUCAAAUUGCUUGGGGUCAUCAUGAUAUUUCAUUUUACCAGUGGAAUGAUGAUCAUCCAGACCUCAGCAUAUUUUUUAAAUAAUAUUUAAUUUAAUAUUAUUUCUUUAAUUUAAACAUUUAAACAUUUAAUAUGAUUCACUCUGAUUGUAUUUAGAUCCAUUUAAAAAAAAAUAUUUACCUGUAAACAGUUGAAAACAAAGUCAAACACAAAAGCACAAAUCUGGUCACACGAACACCUUACACGUUUGAAAUAUCGUAUAUAUUUAUUAAUAUUAAUUUAUUAUUCCUUUAGAACUUAUCAUAAUGUAUACAUAUUAGUUAUAGAGUUAGAGGAACAAUUAUAUUUUAUGUAUUUUAGUUUUAUAUGUUAAAUGGAAUUUAGAAUGUAGUGACUAAUUUAAUUAUUUUAUAUGUUAGAUUAAUUCUGAUUUUAGUUGUUGUAAUUUUAAUUAAUAAUAUACUUUUAUAUGAGUUAAUGCAUUUUUAAUGAAAAAUAUACCUACUUAAAGAAUACGCCUUUGACAAUAUUUCAUUCCUUAUUAACAUUUCUUAAGAUGUGUUUGGAAAGUUUUGAUAAAGAUAUUGAUGAUGUUACUUAUAAAACCUACGAAAAUCGACUUUCUACUUUUAAAAACUGGAAUGGAAAAUUGGAACCUGAGGUAUUAGCAGGAGCAGGCUUUUAUUAUAUUUCAUAUAGUGAUGUAUGCAAAUGUUACUAUUGUGGAACUGAAAUUUAUGAAUGGUUCUAUGAUGACUGUCCUGUCGAAGAGCAUCACAAAAUUUCUCCAUUAUGUAAUUUAAACGAAUGUUUAUGGUUAAGCCAAUACAAAAAAAUAA